UGGGACAGGAUGCGGGAAAAUGAAUGAAAGUGGGACGCGCGCGGCGUCCCGACGUAAAUAAACGCGGCCGGCAAGUAAAUAUUGAAACUCGCUCAAGUUCGUGUACGAAACGAAAUGAAUAUCCUUUUCGUAAAGUCGCGAGGAUAAAUAGUAAAACAGCCUGGAGUAUUUGGAGGCGACAAACGAGUGCGCGAGAGGAUGAGAUUGCACGUGGAACAUUUCUUUCUAUAUUUAAAGUUGCGUUACAUCUGACGAGUGAUGACACGAGCAGAAACUAUAGACGGAACGAAGGACGUCAUCCCCUUUAGAAGGGCUGCAGACAGACAAACCCUCCCAGAGUUCCCUUUACCCCACCUUCUGCUGUCCCAUCGCCAUAGCAACCCCUUGCAUUCUAGCAGCUAGCCGAACCGACCGAUCUACCCUCCGUGUCGCUUCUCUCGUUACUGGAAUAUCUGUAUGCAACAUAGUUCCACACACACAUUCUCUUUCUCUUUCUUAUAACAUUUUAUAGCAUUUUAACUUAGAUUGUAGCUUCAAGAAUUCAGUAGUAAAUUGACGCGAAAGUUCCAUCAUCCAUUUGACAACGAGGUCAAAAUGCUUUUUCCUCGUCAUUUCUGGAUUUCUCAUAAUCGUCACAAAAUUUUGUCCAUUAGAGUAUUAAAGUUUCUCGAAAUUACUCAAAUAGAAAUUGUAGAGAAUAAAGAUCGUCUUGCGCUCUCAGUGAAAGCAUCGCGAAAGGAUUCAAUAAUCUUACGGUCACAUUAUUUUUCCGAGGCAAAUGAAUUCAGGACGCGAAGCUACAUGGAUUUAAUGAGACAUAAACGUUGAGCUGUCAAACGAUCUGGGAAAAUAAUUUUCUUUAUUCGAUAAUAUUAGCCAGUAUUUUUCAGAAGCAUAUAUUGAGUAAAAUAAAAAAUUUUAGUAAUUAUUUGUACCCUUCUCUGCCAGAGAUAGUCAAUAAUUAUUAUUAAUAAUCAUAUUAAAUUGAAAUAAUAUUGCAAAUUUUUUUUUUCGAUCAUAUCUUUUUGGAAAAAAUAAACAUCCAAUAAUUUUAAUAUCUUAUAAAUCGAAUAAUCUUUCCGAAAAGUCAUCCGGCGAAUGGCUGAGGGCUUUAAAAAUAUCCACACGAUUGUGAGCUAUUCCCUCGUCGAGAAAGAAAAAAAAAGGUAAUUUCUGAAAAGUGCAUCCUCCCGGCACAAUGGAACCAAGUGUAUCAGCUCAUUGCGACGAUUGCGGCUCCGUAAACUCAUCAGACAGUUCAACGGGCCGAAUGAUCGCCCCGGUCGUUUCUCCCGAAAUCAUCCGUCUCGCCAUUUUUUCCGUUGUCUCGACUGUGUCGAAUUCGACGCGGUCACGAGAAAAGAAAAAAAGAGGAAUUCGCUCGCGACCGAGCGGCUUUACCGCUAUUUUAGAUCCGCGACAUCUCGUCUGUCAUUUAUGUCCUCGUUCGCGCAUACACGAGUGUCCCGACGACGCGAUUGCCACACUCCGGGAGGAACUCCCGGAUAAAAAAAAAAAAAGACCGAUUGACAAUCCGAGCAACGCGAGUUGAGAGUGUCCCCGCGGAAGGAUGACGAUACUUCCGGUAUUACUCGGCACGCUCGGGGUUUUAAUCGCCGCCCAGGAUGCUACAACCAUGGUGUUCCCGCCUAACGGAAAUGGCACGUCUUUAGAGAUGGGAGGCAAAAUCGAGCCGGCAACCUAUCAACCGGAUAUGACGCGGGUGGCAGUCCCUACGACCCUCGUCGUGCCACCGCAGCCGCAGCCGCAGCCGAUGCUGCCCUCGGAUUACUUUUUCCCCAUGUCCCAACCAACGUUUCUGCAUCAUAGAAGCGAAAAUAUGCCGUAUGGAUACGAAUAUCCUAAUAUUGGAUAUCCAGUGGCACACUCGAUAGACCAUUCCGUUGUUCCUUCAUCGAAACAGCUUGUAGUAGUCAGUUUCAUCGGUCUCCUAUUGCUUUUGGCGAUUAUACAAAAUACCCUUAGCUCUACUAAGCGAAAAGAUGCGAUAAUGGACCUGUUAUCAUCCAGGCAAAAACGGGAUGUCUAUGCUACACGUGAUUUUCAUUCAGUGACCCCGGAGGAGGAGGAGAUUCUUAAUAACGAUGCUAGAGUACGAUGCAUACAAAGGACGAUCUGUCUUGAGAAUCGCAAGCUCUUUAGGGAUUUGGGCGCGCCGGGCAAAAUGUUGGCGAAGCACUUGACAAGAGAUAUAGAAAAAUCAUUCAAGUCACCUUCAGGUUGGGAUCGUCUUGUGAGGGAUGCAGGUGCAGCGGGAAUUCGGGGAGACGAUUGCGAUGUACUUUAUAGAGAUUGCGACAUUCCAGUGACAAGAAAAAUGCAUAAGGUUACAGACAACGUUUUAACAGGCAUUAAAGAUCGUGAUAAAUUUAAUUCAAUUCGUUAAUUGUCAGAAAAGCUAUAUAAAAUAGCAUUUAUUUAUAUUACUUCCGUCUUUCGUAUAAAUGCAAUGUCUGUAAAUUAAAUUAUAUAUCUGUUGUUUUAUAUCUCGAGAGAUGGAAAAAUUAAUAAUAUUCAAAAAUUAAUAUUUGUACCCCUCUCCUGUAGACAAAAAUGUAAUAUUAUGUUAACUAAUUGAUAAUACAUGUUUUUAGCAAUGUGUGUGUUCCUUGUAAUAUAUUAUAUAUAACAGUUGUAUUAUAUAUAAUCCUGGGUGAAUAAAAAAACCGGUGAUA